AUGGCACCACGUCGCGGUCUCUCGCCCAAUAACUUGGCUCCUCAAGAAUCUUUGACACCGAAUGGACCAUCCUCUUCCCUGCAAGUACAACAUCCACGUUCGACGUCCCCCUCGUCCGGAUUCACUCAAUUUCUAUCGAAACCUUCGAAAUGGUUCAGUCGGAGCGCAUCUGCAUCGAAGGUGCCGACAUCGCCCCCCGAAUUCAAGCCAAACGCUAGCACUGGUAGUCGAAAGCAUAAGAUUUCUCGCCCAACGGACCCUCGGCCAAUAAUGGAUGCAUAUGCAGGAGGGGCUAGUCGCUCUGUUCUCGACCUUUCAGCCAGGCCUCCUGGGUCUCUUGAACUCUCGAGAUUUCAAACUCCCAGCACGCCCUCAAGCCCAACAAAUCAGCGGCCAGCAGCACUCGGAGACCUCAGAAAUACCUCAAGGAAAGCAUGGUCGCGUUCAGCGGAUGACUUGAGCAAAGUUUCUCCAGCACUCUUUUCUCCUAUCAAGACGUCAUUUCAAGACCGAGUGGCAGAAUACCGCAGUAGAAGUGACAGUGCUGCUAGCGCUGUCUCUCCUUCAAGCCCGACCUCAGCAGGCAGCAUAUAUAACGGACAUCAUCCGUUCCCCACCGUUGAUCCAUCUCCAUCGACGUCUCCUCCACGCAGUGCUACGCUUCCUGCAGUCUCCAUUUCUAUCGAAGCUCCUGCCCCAGAUCAGGAUUCAGUACCCCUGAGCUCCUCUCCAACUCAUGUCCGCACACGUUCGCAUUCUUUCACACCCAAGCAGUCUUCAAAACUAGCUACUCCACGCUAUCCUCCUAGUCCUCAACGCGCGAAUGAAAGGGACCAUGAUGGGAGAGAUGGAGACCAAUCUUUCCAAGGAACGCCUACUCGUCCUACUUUCAAUUUCGGUUUCGGUGGGGUCAACCAAAGUAAACCUCAGCAGGAAUCAAAUGUUGCGCCAUCUCCUAUUGCUUCUCAUCGUGCUACCACACUUCUGCCUCCUCCGACAAUCGUCGAGCCCGAUCAACACAAAGACGAGAAGGACGAGAUGGAUCCAAAGCGGUCGUCCCAAAUCCUAUAUCACAGCGGGUUUAUAAACAGACUUGCCGACGUUCCGGCGAACUUUAACCAGGCAAAUUUGCCUUUAUCUAAAGGGUGGAAGCCCUUCAAACUCGAGCUCAAAGGAUCAAAAUUGUAUUUCUAUAAACCACCAGGAGAUCGAGCAAAUGGUAUUCGAGACCUUUUCCCAACCACAUUAGUUCCUCCAUCAGAACAGGACAACGAUGACGAUAACAAUGCCGAAUCUUCAAAUGCUCAAUCAGAAGAUUUGGACGGGUCUGGCCGUUCGCGGAAAGGCAAGGCUAAAGACGAUGGUGGCCCAGUCGCUAUGGCUCGCAAAAAACGCGCUUAUUGGGGACGAAAGACUCACCCAGAUCUGAUACUUGAUGCAUCCGGCAAUGUUGAAAAAGGCACAUUUGAGGCCCUUACUCACGAAGCUGUCUUCGCGACUACUUUCUCAAUUGCAGACACCGAAGCCUCGUCGGAAGAGGGUGGAAAGCAAAGGUGGCAAGAGUUUUCUGCUUCCGUCAUUGUUUCCGUUCCUGUGGUCGUUGGCCGACAAAUCUUCGAAGUUGAAUUUUUGAGAUGCUGUUCGUAUCUCGUCAGUGGAGCAGAAGACACUUUUCAGGCAGAAGCCAAGUCUAGGGUAUCAUGGCUUGCCACCGAAUAUCUUCGAUGUCAUGGGCAACCCGCCGACGCGGCGGCUUGGGAUGACUGGAAGCGUGAUACCAUUCCUGAUGUAGUUCUCAGUUGCGAAGGGCCAGAAUUUUCUUCUGCUGUUCCUGUAACUCCCUCGUCCAAGGCAGUAUACCAAGCUUCUCCUGCACCAAGCGAUGGAUCUCCACAUGUCCAUAUGUUUUCUCCGCGACCUGAAGGUGGUGCAAAAAUGAUAUCUCUUUUAGAGGCACUUUCACCCCUUCCUCCAUCACAUUCUUCAAGGCAAGGAUUGGCUCCUCCCAACGGUCGAUUCCCAUGGAGCGUUUUACAAGAGGAGGGGUUAACAAGAGACCUUUUGCUCAGACUAGACCCAUAUCUCGUUGCAAGGAGUUUAGCGCUCUUCCAUCGUUCCGUCUUAGACAUGUGCCCCGACAAUAUCACCGUCGAAUUUAUUACUGGCACACCAACUCGGUCUGAAGACGAAAACGACAACGCUUCAAGUUCUUCUGAAUCAUUCGCAUCUCUCUUUGGAAGCGAUGAUCACCCUCAUUGGCUCACGAAAAUGGUACUACUACAAAUUCUUGGGACGGAUAAUUCGAGCGGACAUAGCUACGCCAGUCAAAUACCUGCACAUCUAUCUUCACCUGCGCGUCGGUCUGAAGACCGUGGCAACACUCAAACUUCACGGACACAUUCCAGAUCAGAGCUGGUAUCUGUAUGGGCAAGAAUCGGCGAAUUUUGUCGCACUGCGGGUGAUGAGUGCUCUUGGAAAGCCAUAAGCGCUGCCCUCUGCUCUCGUCCUGUUGCUCGCUUGGACAAGGUAUGGAAAAGGGUGGACCCUCAAGCGCUAGCUGCCAUCGAGUCUUGGGCCAAUUACGUUGGUGAAGACGGACCUCCGUCUGUUUCCCAACCAGCCGCUACAGUCUGGGGUGGGGAUGUCAAAAUUCGUCUAAAUCACGAAAUAGCGAAAGCCACUGGCGACGGGGAAGCGAUGAUACCAAUGGGUCAUGUGACCAAGGCCAGGUCAUUAUUCGAAACUUUUCGCAAGUCGUUUUUGCUCUGCCCGAGGAAGACCUACAUUUCAGAGAAUGAUAUCGGAGACGAUCUACGAAAUUUGGUGGCGUAUUGGCGUGAUACUGCUGCUCAGGGGGGUAUGACGAGUGGAUUAGCUGUCAAAUUCCAAAGAGUGGAGCAAUUCAUGUCCCUGUCUCUUGCUGCUGAACCAAGGAGGAAAGGUCUUUUUGAGCCAUUCUUUUGGACCAGGACAUCAUCACAAACACCAUCAACAUCCCUUGUCCCAUUAUUAUUCCCCGAACCUUUGCCAACCAUCACUCUCAUCGACCGAUCCAAACUAGUUCGAGGGCGGUAUGACAGCGACAACACAGAUCUGCAAUACCUUCGCAGUCUGGACGCUCAACUGCGUCAGGAAGCAGGCCGACAGCCUCUUGGUUUUGAUGUCAAACAAGACUUUACAAAACGUCUUAUUUUGGGACAAGGCGGCACGGUGAUUUCGGUGUAUCAGGGUGAACUUUUGUUGGUUGUCCAGAGCGGUGGUUUCGAGUCGGCACCUAACUCCCGCCCAACUUCUUCGCGCAUUUCUUCUCGUCCUGGAAGCACGGUUACUGAUCAUGGGGUAGAAAAAUCUGUUAGCCGUAACCCAUCCAUUCGUGUCAAGCCAAGUUCGUCCCAGGGACUUGAUCGCAAAACUAGUAUAGCUCGCCGAAGUUCCUUGCCAACAGUUUCGCACCUCAGUCGCGCCAAUUUUGUUACGGCUGAGCCAUCGUCGGACCCUCCGCUACGGGUGAUUGUUCAAGCAGGAACCCUGAACACCCUCGUUAAUGUUCUUGUGCACGGGCUGGACAAAAUUUCUGUGUCAGUUGCAGACGAUAACGGAGAAAUGUCAUUGCGAGAGGGAAUGACAAGAGAAUUGGUUGUUGAUCGAGCCGAGUUCGCGAAGGUUUGGUGGAGUGUUUUCCGGAGCUUUGUCACGCCAUUUGUGUUCUUUGAGCUUUUAAGAAAAAUAUAUAUUUCUGCUCAACCUCCAGGCUCGUCGCCCACGAUUGCUCAAUAUAUGCAGGUGAUAAACAAACGGAGCGAAGUUCUGUCAACAACGAAGGAGUGGCUGACCUCUGGUGGUGGAGCUCAAGAUAUUUUGGACGACACGCAGCUUUACAAUGCUGUUGAAAAUUUCUUGGAUAACACUUCAGAUCAUCUCUUAUUCAAAUCAACCAUGGCAGACGCGCCACCUGUACAAAAAGCCUGGGAGUCGUUAAUGGAGGAAAAAGACACUGUCAAGGCCACUUUCAUUUCGCAGACUAUGCGACCGACUAUUUCGCGUGGCCAUCAUCAACAACGUUCUCAGGGGCGGGGUGCUCGGACUCGAAAUAUUAGUACUCGCGAACCUCCAGAUCUCGAUAGGAUGGACCCUGAAGCAUUUGUUGAUAAUUUAGAUGGAAUGGCUUGUGCGGCUUUCAGUAAUGUGACACAGGAGGAUCUUUAUAUUACAGCGGAUCUACUCGAGGUACAAACUUCGGAUAGGACUGGUUGGUUUUCCCCACGCGACGUGCCUUCAUUAGAGGAGACAGUUGAGAUCCAGACUAUCUACUCCCAAAUCCAAGAAGUCGAACCGUCUUCUCUGAUCUCGGAGCUAAGUCAGGAUGCCCUUUAUCGACUUCUACCACCAGGUGUUCGAAGUUGCAUCAGAGCCUAUGGCAUCAUUCGCAAAUGGCUCAUAUCCAAGCUAAUUGCGCCGAGAAUCGGUCUUCGUGCAAGGCAGGCUCGCAUGGAACUAUUAGUGCAGGCUAUCGAAGUCUCCCGUUUGCGCAAUACAGAAACACCUUCCACAGCGCAGCUGAUGGAUCAGCCUUGUGUUCGGUCUUUUGUAGAGGCGGUAACAACAUCAGCCAUUCUCAGUGUGGAGAGUCGGUUGCAUUCGCGGGCGUGGCAAGGUGUAGGCGCGAAUCGUGGAAGCGCGUGCGACUCGGUCGCGUCUCUCUUGCAUCGACCUUACGUUCAAUCUACAUCCUCUGUGGAAUCAUUAACUGUAGAUAUGGGAUGGCUACUAGAGCGGAUGCUUGAAAUAAUUUCAACGUCAGAUGUCAUAGAGGCUUCAUCGCAAGAGGGUCAAAACCUUGUCAAUUUUGAUAAACGCAGGCACCUCUGCAAUCUCAUCAGAAAAGCCGGGUCCCUUCCCUCCGAGCGUAAGAACGCAGAUUCGGAAGAAUCUCAUAGACGAGGCUUCGAGCGCCUUAACAACAUCGAGAAGGAGGUCCUUGCACUGCAGUUUGACUACCGGGGAAUAAAGGAGGAGGCAUACAAGGAAGCAACGGCGCCUGGGGUUAAUGGCGUCCCUCCAUCCAUGAAAAAGGCGAUUCGGCCAUUCUAUAGGCUGGUGACGGCGCAGGUAGAGAAGAACAGAAGGGACAAAACUCUGCGGGGCCGGCUGCAAAAGGAGAAGAUCCAAGAGCAAUCCAGGAUCGAGCGGCGCGACGAUCUCCUGAACAGAGCGAUGAUGCGAGGGCCACGCGGCGGGAGCAAUAAACCUAUAUCAAACCCGCACCACCAGGGACAGGGCCAGCACCAGCAAAAACAGCACAGGAACAAGAAGAGUAUGUCUGCGUUCUUGAACUUCAUGCGGCCUAUUUCCAGUGCGUUCGUCUCGUCGGAUAACAGCCCUCAACAUCUGGGUCUGAGACGCACGCCUUCGAAGCUGGACUUCGCUACGACGGGAAAGCCGACGCUUGUGCUGAGCAUUUUGGACGCCCAGGUUGCACAGUUUAUCAACAAUGAGCGGUCGUACACAUUCCAACUCGACACAGAGGAUGGAGGUCACUACCUCUUGCAGGCAACGAGCAAGCGCGAUAUGACUAAAUGGCUCGAGACCAUUUCGCGAGUCACUAAAAACGCGGCCAAGCGUCGCCUGACAUAUAUUGGCAAUUCGCCGAAACCUCAGAUCGCCGACCACAUACAUUCACAUCCGAUAGUGGCGUCUCGCGACCCCAAAGCUGUGUUUGGGGUUGAACUUGAAUUCCUCCUUCGUCGAGAAGCAGGUUCAGAUCAUAUACCACCUGGCACUGUGCCAGUUAUCAUCGAACAAUGCUUGUCGGCUGUGGAGGCCCGUGGUUUGAUGGAAGUCGGAAUAUACCGUAUUGCUGGUGCCACGACCGAAAUCAAUGCGCUCAAAGAGGCAUACAACAAAGGCGAAUUCCCGAUUCGUGAAACGACCGACGUCCAUGCGAUUUGUGAUCUGGUCAAGUCGUGGUUCCGAGUGCUUCCUGAGCCCGUCUUUCCAGCAUCGUCUUAUUUCGAAGUGAUGGAGGCGAUGAGGCAAGAAAACCUAGAGGACCGCUUGCAGCGCAUUCGUCAAGUCGUCCAAGCUCUUCCUCAGCCCAAUUUUGAUAUCUUGCGAAGAGUCUCAGAACACCUUGACAAGGUUACCGAUUAUGAGGAACACAAUCAUAUGACUGCUGAGGCUCUGGCCAUUGUGUUCAGCCCUAACUUGCUCAGGGCACCUCAGAACGACUUUGUGAUGAUCCUGAACAACAUGGGUCUCUCACACAAGUUAGUCAAAGCUCUCAUUACCCACUUCCAUAUAAUCUUCGAUGAAGUGGAUCAAGAAGUUGAGGGAGAAAAUCAUUCUGAAGAUGACGAAAACGACCUGGACUCGCCAAUUCUUGAAGAAGAUGAAGACGAAAUUCCAGAAGAACCAAGCUAUGAACAUGACCAACAGCGCCAUGAACACGAGCAUGAACCCACUCAUGACCGCCAUGACCUCGUCGAGCCUACAACUCCGCAAUAG